AUGACAGAUAUUGUUCAACAACCACAAUUACAAUCAUGGGAGGUCGGUGUAUUGACUAUUAGCGAUAGAGUUAGUAGACAACAAGCAAUCGAUCAAUCGGGACCAGAGUUGAUAAAGAUCAUCAAAGAGCAACUCAAGGUGAUCUUGGAGUCACAGUUGAAUAUCACUCUGAAGCUAUCGGUCAUCUACAAGGUGGUGCCCGACGACAUCGAUGCCAUUCGCUCGAUCGUAUCGCAAUGGAUCGCCAAGGACUUCAGAAUGAUCAUUACCACGGGCGGAACGGGAUUUUCACCACGUGACCAAACACCCGAGGCAAUCGAACCGUUGAUCAAGAAGAAGACACCGGGUAUCGUUGUUGCAAUGCUAAAGAGCAGUCUUGACAUCACUGCACACGCAAUGCUUAGCAGACCGGUUGCCGGUAUCACCGAUAUGUCACUGAUCUUCACGCUGCCAGGCAGUGUCAAGGCGGUGCGUGAGAACUUCAUCACCAUUAUGCCUGCACUUCCACAUGCACUGGCACUCAUAGCAAGUGACCAAAAAGCAUCGUUACCAGAGAGUCACCAAUCAAAAGAUAUAAACAAACAACCAACUUCAUUCUCUUCUGAUGAUUCAUCAAAGUUUGGUGUUAGUCAUACUCAAGGUGGUCAUGGACAUAGUCAUGGUGGACAUAGUCACGGACAUAGUCAUAGCCAUGGUCAUCAUACAUGUGGAGGAAAUAAAGAUAGUGUAAGAGGAUCAAAGUAUCCAAUGAUUGACGUCGAUAAAGCUGUCAGUAUCAUUCUGGAGCAAUGUAAGGAUAUAAAGACAGUGGAGUCAGUUCCCAUUGCUGAAUCGUUGGGUAUGGCAUGCGCAACCUCUGUAGAAUCAGUCGAACCAUUCCCUCCAUUUAGAGCAUCUAUUAAAGACGGCUAUGCAGUACGUUCUGUAGAUGGUGUCGGUCAGUAUGUUGUGCUGGGUAGUUCGUUGGCUGGUGGUGGCGAUGCACAUCGUCUUACCGAACAACAACUGAAAGCAGAGAGAAGCUGUGUGCGUAUUACAACCGGUGCAAUGAUGCCAGAGGGUUAUGAUGCCGUUGUAAUGGUAGAAGAUACACAGAUCAUUACUAAAGCCACAGAAUCACAAUUGGAGGUGAUAAAUGUAGAUGUUGCAGUUGCAGUUGGUCAAGACAUUCGUGCAGUUGGCAGUGACAUCAAAGCUGGAACAACCGUACUCAACAAAGGUGACAAGAUUGGUGCUGCUGAAAUUGGAUUACUAGCUACACUAGGAGUAACUACUAUUUCUGUUUUUAAACCACCAAAGAUUACAAUCAUUUCAACUGGAGAUGAAUUGAUGCCACAUGAUACAAAGGAAGUAAAGGAAGGAUUCAUAAGAGAUUCUAAUUCUUUGACAUUGUCCUCGAUUGUUAAGGAAGCCAGUCAACAUUUUGGUGAGGUUGGUGCUCAAACCGUAAAGAACUAUGGAAUUGUUAAGGAUGAAUUGGAACCAUUAAAAGAAGCUUUGGUAAAGUCUGCAGAGUGUUCCGAUGUCAUUAUUACUAGUGGCGGUGUGUCUAUGGGUGAACUUGAUCUAGUGAAACCAUUGUUGGAGAAACUCGGUAAAGUUCAUUUCGGACGUGUAAAUAUGAAACCAGGUAAACCUUUGACUUUUGCCACCAUUGAGAACGGCCAGACUGGAAAGAAGACUUUGGUUUUCGCAUUGCCAGGCAAUCCUGUUAGCACAAUGGUUACAUUCUAUCUCUUUGUAUUGCCAGCACUCCGUCAGAUGUCAGGACAUUCACAGAUCAACUUGCCACUGGUCGAAACCAAGCUUGGCGAACGUGUAAGAAUGGAUCCAGAGAGACCUGAAUAUCACCGUUGUUUUAUCAGUUGGGAUUUCAACCAAAGCUGCUUUGUCUCGCAAAGCACUGGAUCUCAAGCAUCAUGUCGUUUACUCAGUAUGAAGAAAUCAAAUGCAUUACUUAUACUACCAAAAAAAGAAGGUUUACGUUCGAAAAAGGAACAUCUUUAA